AUGCUUGCCUAUGAGUUGCUUAAAGGCUAUUCUAGGAAAGGUGGUAUCCCUAGGUGCAUGAUGCAAAUAAAUCUUCAGAAAGCAGAUAUGGUGGACUGGUUUGCUAUGGAAAAGGUUCUUCAAGAAAUAGGCAUUCCUAGCAUGUUCAUUCAACGGGUGAUGACUGUGGUGAACUCUGUCACAUAUAUGUUUAACAUCAAUGGGGAGAUUUCAGGCACUAUGCAGCCAAAGUGUGGCAUAAGACAGGGGGUCCAAUCUCCCCCUCUUAUUUGUCAUAAUGAUGGAGUAUUUGAACAGACUUCUUGCUAA